AUGAGUGGAUUCACAAUUGACGCUUUGUUAGAGGAGACGAGGCCCAAGCUGGAGGAUGAGCAUGGGUUCGGAGAGUGUAAGAGGUAGGGUAGUUUUUGCCAUUUCUGGUUUUGUAAAUAAUGUUCUUGCAAUUUUUUGUUCUGUAAAGAAAGUUUUUGCCGGUUUUCAUCUUGUAAAGAAAGUUCUUGCCAUUUUUUGUUUUCUAAAGAAAAUUUUUGUUAUUUUUUGCUCUGUAAAGAAAGUUUUUGUCAUUUGUUACUUUAUAAUGAAAGCUCUUGCUUUUUAUGUUUUGUAAACAAAUUUCUUGCCACUUAUUGCCUUGUAAAGAAAAUUUUUGCCAUUUCCGCGUUGUAAAGAAAGUUUUUGCUAUUUUAUGUUUUGUAAAGAAAGUUCUUGCCAUUUUUUUUGUAAAGAAAAUUAUUGCCCUUUUAUGCCCUGUAAAGAAAGUUUUUGCAACUUUUUCGUUUGGAAAGAAAGCUCUUGUCAUUUUUUGUGUUGUAAAUAAAGUUCUUGCUAUUUUUUAAUGGAUAUUUUCUUUUUUGUAGUUUGCAGUCUGCGAAGGACAAGUUAUACGAUGAUUUUUUUUUCUUUUUAAAUUUUUUGUAAAAUACGUUUUGCUUCGGCCUAUUUUUUUAACUUAUGUUGUCAUAACUAUAAUAUUUUUCCCCAACUUUUAUAAAAAAAUCUUAAACAUAUCUCAUUUUAGUCCACCAUCGCUCUUCAGUUUCUCCAAAUGUCAUCGUCGUCGGUCCACCUUCUCGGCUCUUCAAGUUCACAUCUUAGAAGCUGAAUUCUACAAAAAUCGCUACGUCUCCCCAGAUCGACGAGCUUUCCUGGCCAACCUACUUGACUUGAGUCAACAACAAGUCAAAAUCUGGUUCCAAAAUCGACGUUACAAAACAAAAACAAAGCCCGAGGCGUCGAGAAGGCACAACGAUCAAUAUUUGGCGAAUUUACAGGCUUUUUGGAUCAAUCAGAACAGGUAG